UAGUCGGAACUAUUUAAACCGCGGUCCCCCCCUGUUGUAUUAUCCCGGAAGUUGCUUAGCGUUAACUCACGUGUUCACCAUGAAAAACCUGAAAAAACCCCACAAGUCGUUCAACAAUAAUAAAUUCAAACCCGGGUCGAAGAAACGAGAAAACAAAUGCAUCCUCACGUUUGACGACAAAGGAAGAGAGGACUUUCUCACUGGUUUCCACAAGCGAAAGUUGGAAAGGAGAAAAUCAGCAUUGGCAGAAAUCCGAAAGAAAAUCAAGGAGGAGCAGAUCAGGGUCCGAGUAGAGAGGCAUAAGGAAUAUAUCAAGCUGCUGAAGGAGAGGACGGACGCUCUUGAGGAAGCUGAGGAUGAUCUGGAGAAUGCGGUCACCAGCACGACCGAGACUCUACAGUACGAUCACCCCAACCACACCGUCACUGUGACGACCAUCAGCGAUCUGGACCUCUCCGGGGCUCACCUGCUCGGACCUGAAGAAGAACCGGUGAUUGGGGAAAGCAAGGAGGAAGAAAAGAAGGUGGAAUUGAGGGAGCAAACAGUGCCAAUGCCAAAAAAAUCCGGGCAUCCGAUCAUGAAUAAAAAAAUCCGCUCCCUGAUGUCAUCGCUCAGCACGUUCACCUGCAAGAAGGGGAAAGGGAAGCAGGACGGCCGAAGAGGACAAAACCGCUCGAUGGACAAGAAACGUGGAAUCACAGAGUUGAAAAAGAGAACGGGCAAGAGCAGCAAGUGGCAGAGACGUCGACAGACCGGCAGGAAGGGCCAGCAUCAGGAAUGAUGUGUGUGUCUGUGUGUGUUAAAGUACAAUGUGAGAUCUGAACUGUUUGUACAAUGAACACAAGCUGAUGUGGACCCUGUGGCCUCCACCAGGUCGGACUGUCAGUUAUCAGAAUCAUUUCCUUCAGCCUGAAAGUUUGUACAUUAUUCCAGCUGUUUUUCGUUGUUUUCUUUCAUGAAAUAAAGUUUCCUGUAUUUACUGACGUUUUUGAUUAAAUGACGUAUAAAUCUU